AUGCCCAGAGUCUUUUUCAUCACUGGUACUUCCACCGGGUUCGGAAACCAUCUUGUCCAAGAGGUUCUCGAUAAAGGAGAUAUUGCCGUCGCAACUGCUCGUAAGCCUGAGACUUUAAAGUUCAAGGGGACAAGUGAGAAGAACUUUCUGGCCCUCAAACUUGAUGUAACUAGUCAAUCUGACAUUGAAAACUCUUUCAAAUCCGCAACCGAUAAGUUUGGCCGCGUCGAUGUAGUCGUCAACAAUGCAGGAUACGGCCUUGCCGGUGUCUUUGAAGAAGUCAGUGAGCAACAAGCUCGUACUCAGAUGGAGGUAAACUUCUUCGGUCUUCUUGCCGUAACCAAGAAGGCAAUGGAGGUAAUGCGAAGCCAAAAGCCAUGUGGCGGUCUUAUUCAACAAGUCACUAGUAUUGGAGGUCAAAGAGGCGUGCCUUUUUUCAGCAUUUACUGUGCAAGUAAAUGGGCAGUCGAGGGCUUUACUGAAAGUAUUAGUCAAGAAGUGAAGCCAGAAUGGAACAUCAAGUUCACUUGUGUUGAGCCAGGUGGAUUCCGAACUGAUUGGGCUGGAAGAUCUAUGCAAUUUCCCGAGAAACGAAACCCUGCGUAUGAUCAUCUAAAUGCCAAGGAAGCAAUGGAAAAGAGGAACGGCACUCAAGCUGGAGAUCCAGAGAAAGGUGCGAAGGCAAUGUACAAGCUGGCUACACUCUCAGAUCCACCUUUGCGAGUAGUGAUUGGAAGCGAUGCUUACAAGGCAAUCAUGGCGAAGAUCGAGGCGUAUGGGGAGAAUUAUAAGAAGUACGAGGAGAUCUCUAAUAGUUGCGAUGUUGACGAAUGA